UUGUUUUAUGUGUCAAAUAUUAUAAACAAGACCCUAAAAGUAACUAAUCUUUCUGAAAUAUAAAGUGAGAACUGUGUUGUGAACAUUUCGAAGUGAUAAAUUUAAUAUACUAUUUGAGGUUAUAAAAAAAUAUAGGUUACUGUGUUUUGUGAUUUGUUUGUAAAUUGUGCCACGUUUAGACUCUAUCGGUUCACGAUACUUGCACAGUUAACAAUGACAUUAUUUUUCCUACAAAUUUACCUCAUUUAUAUAUGAAUUUAACCCCUAAACAUGGAUUGUCAGAUGAACCGUAAAGAAUUAAGCACGGUUCUUACAUAUUUAAUGUAAUCUAAGACAAUGUGCCAUAAAAAUGUCGAGAUGCCUACGCAUAUUUGGGGCAUACUCUUAUCGUCUGUCACGAAGGCAUUCAACCAUCCUUCUCAUAGCUUCCUUCAUAUUAAUACUGACGAUAAUCCUCCAGCUCUAUGCCUGCAGACAUCAAGAUAUGCCUCAUUUUGCUGCGAGAGUCGGUGACUUUGACUACAGACCUGGUGCGUUUUUAGCAGGACAGCAGCCUAACGAGAACACCAGCUUCUGCCAUUUCAACUAUGGCCUUCCAGAAACAAUCGGUUGGAAAAAUAUUCCGGUAUACCCUACUCCAGAAGGAACGAUUCAAGGCGCUUAUAGGGUAAUAUACAACGCUGUACAGGGUACAGCAUUUGCUAAUCAUUCAAAAUACAAUGCUGUGACAUACGCCACCCAGGCAACGCCAGAAUUUAUUUACCACAUCGUAGAAAUAGCGAGAUAUUGGGAUGGGCCUAUAAGCCUGGCAGUUUUUGUACCAGAUUACGAUAUAGAUCUAACAAUGCAAAUGAUGAAGCAACUUUGUAGAUGCUAUGCUGCGAUGUCUAAAGUGUCUCUUCAUCUUUUUUAUCCUCAACGUUAUCCGCCAACGUUUAAGCCCCUUAUUUCAAAAACCCAUAUAACAACGGUAGAUACUCAAACUACCACCAAAAACAUGUCAUCAGAAGAGAUAUUGGUGAAAAAAUUAGACCGUUAUAGAAAAUUGAACAACAAAACGAGGGCGGAAUAUAUACAGUGGGUGCGAAAAAAAAAGAUCGAGAGAAUGAUGGCUAAGAUUCCGAAACAGAGUGUAGUACCGAAGUUAGUUUUCGAUGAUUGUUCUGGAUUGACGGAUUUUGAUAUACAGACUUUCAGAAAGGAGAAAAAUUUGAUUUAUCCAAUAAACAUCGGUAGAAAUGUAGCGCGAAACGCCUCAAGGACGAACUAUUUCAUCGUAUCUGACAUAGAGUUUGUGCCGAGUGACGGAUUAGCGACGAAAUUUCUAACAAUGGUGAGGAAACUUAUGGGCGAUAAGAAACGAGACGAGGGAUGUAUAUUCGCUAAGACGGUCUUUGUAGUGCCGCUAUUUGAAGUUGAGAAGGGGACGGAGAUACCUCGCGACAAAGACACGUUAGUGAAUUUAAUCAGCGAAAAUCGCGCGAAAUAUUUCCACCAAAAGGUGUGCGCUCAUUGCCAACGAUUCCCUGGGCUGCAGUCUUGGCUGUUGAGACCGUCGCCGAGUGGAGUUGAGCCGAUGCUAAUUGCCCGAAGAGAGUACCCCUAUCACAGAUGGGAGCCACUGUAUUUCGGCACAAAGAACGAGCCUUGGUACAGCGAGAUGCUGUCUUGGGAAGGGCGCCAAGAUAAAAUGACUCAGAUGCUGGAGAUGUGCUUGCAAGAGUACAGGAUGGUGGUACUGGACGGCGGCUUCCUUUGCCACGCUGCUGCGACCAGGAAUGGGUCACGACACAACCGGGCUGAGAGGAUGAACCACAGACGAUACCAGACUAUCAUCACGUCGUUUAGACAUAAGUACUCCAAUAGACCUAAAUGUAAACUAAUGUAUGGUAACUAACACUGUAACCAAAUACCCGCUAGGUUUAACAAGC